GUAUCCCUCUCUCCCCCAUUCAAAUCUUUUCCCCACAAGAAGAAAGAAAACAAACAAACCCAACCCACCCAAACCUGUUAUUUUUCUUCUUCUCUCUUCUCCUCCAACCUUUAAUUGUUCCAUCUUCUCCAUCCUCAUCAUCUGUCUCUUCCAAUGAAAACACCCAUUUCAUAAACUCCAACAACACUAAAACCCAUGGAUCUCCACACUGACGACCAUGAUGUUGAUCUUGAUGAACUUCACAGAUGGCCAACUCUCUCUGAGGCAAUGGAAGAAAUCAAAGCAAUAGGCAAAAUCUCAGGCCCAACAACCAUCACAGGCCUAUUACUCUACUCAAGAGCCAUGAUCUCCAUGCUCUUCCUUGGCUAUCUCGGAGAGCUUGACCUCGCCGGAGGCUCUCUCUCCAUGGGCUUCGCCAACAUCACCGGCUACUCUGUCAUCUCCGGCCUCUCCAUGGGCAUGGAACCCAUUUGCGGCCAAGCUUUCGGAGCCAAGCAACGCAAACUCCUCGGCCUCACUCUUCAAAGAACUGUCCUCCUCCUCCUCUCUACCUCCAUACCCAUCUCUCUCAUCUGGCUCAACAUGAAAACAAUCCUUCUUUGGACCGGCCAAGACGAAGAAAUUUCAUCGAAAGCCCAUACUUUCAUUGUUUUCGCAAUUCCAGACUUGUUCUUUCUCUCUCUUCUUCACCCACUUCGUAUAUAUUUGAGGACUCAGAGCAUUACAUUGCCAUUAACGUACUGUUCUGUGAUCUCUGUUCUUCUUCAUAUACCUCUCAAUUUCAUCCUAGUUGUGUAUUUCAAGAUGGGUAUUGCAGGGGUCGCAUUAGCUAUGGUUUGGACUAACCUCAAUCUUUUUCUUCUUCUUUGUUCUUUCGUCUACUUCUCCGGAGUAUACGACGAUGAUUCAUGGGUUUCGCCAAGCUUCGAUUGUCUCCGAGGAUGGUCUUCUCUGCUCAAACUCGCCGUGCCAACUUGUAUUUCAGUCUGUCUUGAAUGGUGGUGGUAUGAGUUCAUGAUAAUGCUAUGUGGACUUCUUGUUAAUCCUAAAGCAACCAUUGCUUCAAUGGGCAUUCUUAUCCAAACCACCUCUUUAGUCUAUGUUUUUCCCUCCUCUUUAAGCCUCGGAGUCUCAACUCGGAUCGGCAACGAGCUCGGGGCAAACCGGCCCGCCAAGGCCCGCAUUUCGAUGAUCGUGUCACUUGGUUGCGCGGCGGGGCUAGGCCUCGCCGCAAUGGUUUUCACGGCCUCAAUAAGACACCGGUGGGGCCGGUUUUUCACAGCAGACGAUGAGAUUCUUGAGUUGACCGCCGUUGCGUUGCCAAUUGUUGGGCUUUGCGAGCUCGGAAACUGCCCGCAAACCACCGGUUGUGGGGUAUUGAGAGGGAGUGCAAGGCCGGCCAUUGGGGCAAAUAUCAACUUGGGGUCAUUUUACCUGGUGGGUAUGCCGGUGGCGAUUUUGAUGGGCUUUGUGGUCAAAAUGGGGUUUGCUGGACUUUGGCUUGGUUUGUUUGCAGCCCAGGCAUCAUGUGCCGUGCUCAUGCUCUUUGUUCUAUGUAAAACUGAUUGGAAAGUUCAAGUGGAAAGAGCAAAACAGCUCACACAAUCUUCAUCUUCUACUACUAGUACUGCAUGUAAUUCUUCAUUGCCGAUAUCAUCAUCACCAUCACUAUCAAUGUCACCACCAUCACUACCACUUCCAGAGGAGUCUGAGGUUGACAUUGAAGAUAUUUUGUGCAAUGAAGAUGAAUUGGUGAAGACAGGUCCACUUGAAACAGAACCUCUCAUCAUAUCUACUAUUACUAGCACUACCACGUUCUGCAUUGAUUGUAUAUAGUGUGUACUUGUCCAUAUUUUUAGUGUUGAGGACUUUGACAUCAAAAUUGUUCAUUGGAAUUGACUCGUACUUUUUUAUUUUUUAAAACGGAGACUCACUUGUACUUGUAAUACAGGAACAAUUUAGAGCUCUAAAUACUGAGUUCUAAAUCUACUACUA